AUGGACCGAAGUGCCACCAGCGAAAACAAUGGCUCUGGCCGUGCCACUAAUGGCACACAUUCUGAUUUACCGGACCUGGCUACAUACCAAGCCCAAUGGGCCAAAAUUCAUGAUGAUACUGUGCGCCAGAUCAACGAAGCUUUAGCAAUCUCCUUCAAGCUAGCGAUGACUGAUGAACUUCCGGAGAAAUGGCGAUGCCGGGUGUUUAUCGGAACUCUGUUGUUUCUGGACUCUUUCUUCUUGUUCGGCAUCUGCUUGCUUUUUCUUCACUUCGUGUUGAUCUCCCUUUUUAUUUGACUUUCCCAAAUUUCCGCAUUUUUACGUUUAUUGGCCUCAUUUUUUUGAUUGCAUUUCUCUUGUCGUGAGCGGAUCAGCGUUGUUUCAUUAUAUACCAUCUACCAGUCCGGAUAUUUUUGAUAAACCUUUCUUUAUUUGACACAGAUAAAGGUCAUAUAAGCUAACCAACGUCUCUUUCUACUUGAAUUAUGACAAUGUAUCUAUC